AUGCUGGACCCUUCGUCCAGCGAAGAGGAAUCCGAUGAGAUCCUGGAAGAAGAGAGCGGCAAGGAGGUGCUGGGCUCGGCCGCGUCCGGAGCGCGCCUGUCUCCCAGCCGCACCAGCGAGGGCUCGGCGGGCAGCGCCGGGAUGGGGGGCGGCGGCGCCGGGGCCGGGGUGGGCGCCGGCGGCGGCGGGGGUAGCGGCGCGAGCAGCGGCGGCGGGGCCGGGGGUCUGCAGCCCAGCAGCCGAGCCGGCGGCGGCCGGCCCUCCAGCCCCAGCCCGUCGGUGGUGAGUGAGAAGGAGAAGGAAGAGUUGGAGCGGCUGCAGAAGGAGGAAGAGGAGAGGAAGAAGAGGCUGCAGCUGUACGUGUUCGUGAUGCGUUGCAUCGCCUACCCCUUCAACGCCAAGCAGCCCACCGACAUGGCUCGGCGGCAGCAGAAGAUCAGCAAACAGCAGCUGCAGACUGUCAAGGACCGGUUCCAGGCUUUCCUCAACGGGGAGACCCAAAUCGUGGCCGAUGAGGCCUUUAUGAAUGCUGUCCAGAGCUACUAUGAGGUGUUCCUCAAGAGCGACCGCGUGGCCCGCAUGGUGCAGAGCGGUGGCUGCUCAGCCAAUGACUCGCGGGAGGUCUUCAAGAAACACAUUGAGAAGAGGGUGCGCAGCCUGCCUGAGAUCGAUGGGCUCAGCAAGGAGACCGUGCUGAGCUCCUGGAUGGCCAAGUUUGAUGCCAUCUACCGUGGUGAGGAGGACCCCAGGAAGCAACAAGCCCGGAUGACAGCCAGUGCAGCUUCUGAGUUGAUUCUGAGCAAAGAACAGCUCUAUGAGAUGUUCCAAAACAUUCUUGGUAUCAAGAAGUUUGAGCAUCAACUCCUGUAUAAUGCCUGUCAGCUGGACAAUCCAGAUGAGCAGGCGGCCCAGAUCAGACGAGAACUGGAUGGACGGCUCCAGAUGGCAGACCAAAUAGCCAGGGAACGCAAAUUUCCUAAAUUUGUAUCCAAAGAAAUGGAGAACAUGUACAUUGAGGAGCUGAAGUCCUCUGUGAACCUGCUCAUGGCCAACUUGGAGAGCAUGCCAGUGUCCAAGGGUGGAGAGUUCAAGCUGCAGAAACUCAAACGCAGCCACAACGCUUCCAUCAUUGACAUGGGCGAGGAGAGUGAGAACCAGCUGUCCAAGUCAGAUGUCCUGCUGUCCUUCUCCUUGGAGGUGGUGAUCAUGGAAGUUCAGGGCCUUAAAUCCUUGGCUCCAAAUCGCAUUGUAUACUGCACAAUGGAGGUAGAGGGUGGAGAAAAACUGCAGACUGAUCAAGCCGAGGCUUCUAAACCAACCUGGGGCACCCAAGGCGACUUCUCCACAACCCACGCGCUGCCGGCUGUUAAAGUAAAGCUAUUCACAGAAAGCACUGGGGUCCUGGCCUUGGAAGACAAGGAGCUCGGACGGGUUAUCCUCCACCCCACCCCAAACAGCCCCAAACAAUCUGAGUGGCACAAAAUGACAGUCUCCAAAAACUGCCCCGAUCAAGACCUCAAGAUCAAACUCGCAGUCCGAAUGGAUAAGCCUCAGAACAUGAAGCACUCCGGGUACUUAUGGACCAUUGGUAAGAAUGUGUGGAAGAGGUGGAAGAAGAGGUUCUUUGUGUUGGUGCAGGUCAGCCAAUACACUUUUGCCAUGUGCAGCUAUCGAGAGAAGAAAGCAGAGCCCCAGGAACUCCUCCAGCUGGAUGGCUACACUGUGGAUUACACUGAUCCCCAGCCAGGUUUGGAGGGUGGCCGAGCCUUCUUCAAUGCAGUCAAAGAAGGAGACACGGUGAUAUUUGCAAGUGAUGAUGAGCAGGACCGGAUCUUAUGGGUUCAAGCCAUGUACAGGGCCACUGGGCAGUCGCACAAACCUGUGCCCCCCACGCAGGUGCAGAAGCUCAACGCCAAGGGAGGAAAUGUGCCUCAGCUGGACGCCCCCAUUUCACAAUUUUACGCAGAUAGAGCUCAAAAGCACGGCAUGGAUGAAUUUAUCUCUUCCAACCCCUGUAACUUUGACCACGCUUCCCUCUUUGAGACGGUGCAGAGGCUGACUUUGGAUCACAGACUUAAUGAUUCCUAUUCUUGCCUGGGCUGGUUCAGUCCUGGCCAGGUGUUUGUAUUAGAUGAGUAUUGCGCUCGAAAUGGAGUCCGAGGAUGUCAUCGGCAUCUCUGCUACCUUAGAGACUUGCUGGAACGGGCAGAACAUGGCGCCAUGAUUGACCCCACGCUUCUCCACUACAGCUUUGCCUUCUGCGCAUCGCACGUCCACGGUAACAGGCCUGAUGGAAUUGGAACUGUGACUGUUGAAGAAAAAGAGCGCUUCGAAGAAACCAAAGAGAGACUCCGAGUUCUGCUGGAAAAUCAGAUUACGCAUUUUAGGUAUUGCUUUCCUUUUGGUCGACCCGAAGGUGCUUUGAAAGCUACUCUCUCACUCUUGGAACGGGUUUUGAUGAAAGACAUUGUCACUCCAGUACCACAGGAAGAGGUCAAAACUGUCAUCCGUAAAUGCCUGGAACAGGCUGCGCUAGUCAACUACUCACGCCUGUCCGAGUAUGCCAAAAUUGAAGGGAAAAAGAGAGAAAUGUAUGAGCAUCCUGUCUUCUGCUUGGCCUCCCAAGUGAUGGAUUUAACCAUUCAAAACGUAGGCCGCUUAAUCACUCCUGCCAAAAAGCUUGAAGACACAAUCCGUCUUGCUGAACUAGUCAUUGAAGUACUUCAACAAAACGAGGAGCAUCAUGCAGAGGCCUUUGCAUGGUGGUCAGACUUGAUGGUGGAGCAUGCGGAGACGUUCCUGUCACUCUUUGCAGUGGACAUGGAUGCAGCAUUAGAGGUGCAGCCCCCAGACUCAUGGGACAGCUUCCCACUGUUCCAGCUGCUGAAUGACUUUCUCCGCACAGACUAUAAUUUGUGCAAUGGAAAAUUUCACAAACACCUGCAGGACCUGUUUGCCCCACUUGUUGUUAGAUAUGUGGAUCUGAUGGAAUCCUCAAUUGCACAAUCCAUUCACAGGGGCUUUGAGCGGGAGUCAUGGGAACCAGUCAAGAGUUUAACCAGUAACCUACCCAAUGUGAACCUACCCAAUGUGAACCUACCCAAAGUUCCAAAUCUACCAGUUAACAUCCCUCUAGGCAUCCCACAGAUGCCUACUUUUUCGGCACCGUCAUGGAUGGCUGCUAUAUAUGAUGCUGAUAAUGGAUCAGGUACAUCAGAAGAUUUGUUCUGGAAACUCGAUGCCCUCCAGACUUUCAUCCGUGACCUACACUGGCCUGAGGAAGAGUUUGGAAAACACUUAGAACAGCGGCUGAAACUGAUGGCAAGUGACAUGAUUGAGUCCUGCGUCAAACGAACCAGGAUUGCAUUUGAAGUUAAGCUGCAAAAAACCAGUCGAUCAACAGAUUUUCGAGUCCCACAGUCAAUAUGCACCAUGUUUAAUGUUAUGGUUGAUGCCAAAGCUCAAUCAACAAAACUUUGCAGCAUGGAAAUGGGCCAAGAGCAUCAAUACCAUUCAAAAAUAGAUGAACUAAUUGAAGAAACCGUUAAGGAAAUGAUCACACUCUUGGUGGCAAAGUUUGUAACUAUUUUGGAAGGUGUUCUGGCGAAGUUAUCCAGAUAUGACGAGGGGACUUUGUUUUCUUCUUUUCUGUCAUUUACGGUGAAGGCAGCUUCCAAGUAUGUGGACGUGCCUAAACCCGGCAUGGAUGUGGCCGACGCCUAUGUGACUUUCGUCCGCCACUCUCAGGAUGUCCUUCGUGAUAAGGUCAAUGAGGAGAUGUAUAUAGAAAGGUUAUUUGAUCAAUGGUACAACAGCUCCAUGAACGUCAUCUGCACCUGGUUGACCGACCGGAUGGACCUACAGCUUCACAUUUAUCAGCUGAAAACACUAAUUAGGAUGGUAAAGAAAACCUAUAGAGAUUUCCGAUUGCAAGGGGUCCUGGAUUCCACCUUAAACAGCAAGACCUAUGAGACCAUCCGAAACCGCCUCACUGUGGAGGAAGCUACGGCGUCAGUGAGUGAGGGUGGGGGCUUACAGGGCAUCAGCAUGAAGGACAGCGAUGAGGAAGAUGAAGAAGAUGAUUAGACCAUUCUCUGGGUCCAAGAGUCCACUGGGAUGGAGUCCUGUAAUCAAUGCAUGUCCUUAGUCUGUUAGUUAACUCCAUUAGGGAAUUUUCUGUCAACUACCAUACCCAUGAGACGUUUACCAUUUUAGCUAUGUGGUACCAAGAUUAGCAAAUGACCUUCAGAUCCAUGGUUUCCUGAUUUCUGUGUCUGUAUGUUUACAAGCAAUAUGGAACACCAUUCUUAAACACUGUUCCUGGAGAGAAUACAUAGUUCAGCUGCUAGGUGUGUCCCUGUUGUUAGCAGAACACAAUGCUCAUCCCACACUGCGUAUGCACUGAUGGGAAGUGGACGUGGGAGCAAUUGUGCUGGGUGUUUCCACGUCUCCAUUUCGUGUAUGUGAGUACCAGGGAUUUAAAUGAGCACAUGAAUAAAUUAAUUUAAGCACGUAGAUCUGCUUGGUUUGGAUUUCAGUUUUGUUCUUGUUUUAUGGGAAGGAAAAAAUGGCACAGUUCCAACAGCCAACUUUAGCUUUUCUCAUCCCCUGAAACUGAAAGCAAUGGACCCCUUGUGUCCUGGUUAACCCAGCUUCGCAUUUAUCCGUGUAGUUUCCCCCACCAAAAAAGUUACAUAACAAUUAAUUAAUUAUUUUAAUUGUCAUGGCAAGGGGGCCAUCUGAUCAGGACUUAGCAUCAAGCAAAGUUCAGACCAACUAUCCUCUGUCAAAGUUUAUCCUAGUAAAUGUUACAUUAUACUUUUCUGUUUCAAUAAUCGUAUAUGUAAAAAAUAAAACAAAACCUAUUGAAAUGACAACCCUAGACUAUAAAUGUAUUUAUAAUAAGAUAUGGAUAUUUCCUCCAGUAGACUGUAACCAUAAUUUCGAUUAUUUUGUUCCACACUGUUUUUUAUAUCUGUCACGUACAUUGCACUUUGAUCUGUAACUGAGCGACCCUGGGGCCUGCUGUAGAGCUGUUUCUUUCUGUGGAAAGUAGUGGAUCCAUCUUGCUUUUUGCCUUAUAUAAAAGCCUACAGUUGUAAAAGUGUAGGAAACUGUGGCUUCUCAAUAAAUAAUUAUUCAAAUGUCCUA